AUGUCACAGCGAAAGCUACAACAGGAUAUCGACAAACUUCUGAAAAAAGUGAAAGAAGGAUUGCAAGAUUUUGAAGAUGUAUACGAUAAGUUCCAAAGUACAGACCCUUCCAAUACGUCUUACCGGGAAAAGCUGGAAAGCGAUCUGAAACGGGAGACUAAGAAGCUACAAAAGCAUCGGGAUCAGAUUAAGACUUGGUUGAGCAAAGAAGACGUCAAAGAUAAGCAACAAGUGCUAAUGGAAAACCGACGUUUGAUAGAAUCGGGCAUGGAAAGGUUUAAACAGGUGGAAAAGCUUAUGAAGACCAAACAAUUCUCCACUGAAGCACUCACAAAUCCCGACAUCAUCAAGGAGCCUCGCGAACUCAAAAAACGGGACCAAUUUUUAUUCAUUCAGGAUUGUCUCGAAGAACUGCAAAAACAAUUGGAGCAGUUUGAAGCACAAGACAAUGAACAUCAGUGUGAGCGUCAUAUCUUUCACGUAUCUAACCUGGAAAACAUUUUGAAGCAGUUGCAGAAUAAUGAAUUGGAACCAGACACCGUUGAAGAAUAUCAGGAUGACAUUCAAUACUACGUGGAAAAUAAUGAUGAUCCUGAUUUCAUAGAAUACGAUACGAUAUAUGAGGAUAUCGGGUGUGAAAUUCAGCCUGGUGAAGAGACUAAAGAUGCGGAGACCCCGUCAAAAGCAGCAAGAGUCCCUAGAGCCGAAAGAUCGCCAAAGAAAAAAGAAUCGUCUGCGCCUGCUGCACUGCUUUCGACAACCGAAUCAGUUAAUGAAAAAUCGGGCAUUGUGGCUGCCUCGCCAAGCAUUUCCUCAACGAAUUUGGCGUUUUCGCCUGUUAAAAAAGAUCAACGGCAGCAUCAAGAGCGCAUAGAGACCCCGGUUCAACAAACUGAUUCUGCACUUUUCUCAGACCAAAAACAAGGACAGGAUCAACUUCGUCGACAAGAAGCUGGAACGCCUAUGCCUCGGCCGUCGAAAGACAUUUCCAAGGAAAUUGAAGACAUUUUGGCUCAAGAUAGAGCCGAAUACUCGGCUUUGCAGAAUCCACUAUUUCGUCCCGGUCUGGAUUACUGGCUUGAAACCAAGCGUACGCUUCUGCAACCCCAUGAUACAAUGCCUGCAGAAAUGGCCGCUCAAUUGGAAUCCUCACUUUUGAACUGUCCCGAUUCGCUCGACGCUGAUACUCCUAAACUCUAUCAGACUCCAUUAUCGUUGCCUCACCCGACCUCCAUAUUUUUUCCUAAUGAAACCAUUCGAUUGGUCUCUAAUGAUCCGGUAGACCCCUCGAAAAAUCAUCAGAAACACAACGACAUUUAUUCGCGAACUUCGAUGGGACGCAUCAUGUCGAAGUUCGACUUGGAUACCUUAUUCUUCAUAUUCUACCAUUAUCAGGGAACCUACGAACAGUUCUUGGCUGCUCGCGAACUCACCAUAAGAGGAUGGCAAUUCAACAAGCUCAAUCGUUGCUGGUUUUACAAAGAGGUGGAGAAACUUCCACCGGGCAUGGAGCAGUCCGAGGAGAUUUCUUGGAGAUAUUUCGACUAUCAAAAAUCUUGGCUCGCAAGACGCUGUGGUGCUGAUUUCGUUUAUCGAGAAGAAGAAUUUGAAAGGAUAUAG